AUGAUUUAUGCGGCCAGUGCUUUAGCUGCCAAUUCUAUUCUUCGCUCAUUGUUCGGGGCUGCCUUUCCUCUUUUCACUACUAAAAUGUUCCACAACAUUGGUAUUCACUGGGCAGUUUGCGUUCCUGCGUUUGCCGCCUUACUAUGCAUACCCUUGCCGUAUCUCUUCUGGAAAUAUGGUUCUUUUGCGCGACAACGGUCUAAAUACGCAUCCGAAAUGAUUAUGUUGAUGGAAGCUGCUCAUAAAUCAUCGGUUAAAGGUUUGGAAGGAAACACAGAAGUUAAAUCAUCAAUACGUUAUUCAAUAGUUAGUGACGAUGUGGCAAUUGUCCGCCUCUGA